GCCCAUUGGUGAUAGACAGAGGAUGCGAGUGCUAAGGCGUGUAUUACGCUAACCGUACCCCUUAGCGGCUGGGCGUGGGAGGGACCGCUGUGAUACUGUACUGUACAGUACCUCGCGGAGUCGCGAACUGAAGUCAACAAGAACAUUGAUUUCUGUACUACCGCCAACACGUCGGUCCACUGCAAACAAGGAGGGCUGCGAUGGCCAGCUUCCUUCUCCUCCCCUCUUCUCUUCGCCAUGUUUCCUUCUUCCAUCCUCGGGCUUGUCCCCUCCUCAAGCUUCGCUUCUCAUCAACAGCUCACAUGGCAGAGCAGCGAACGUACGCGGAAGCUAUCAAGCUCCUCGACUCUCUGCAAUCGAACAGGGCAGUUGUCUCCUCGAUAUCAAGUACACCGUCAGAUAUGAACCUCAAUGCCAUUCCAGAGAUGCUGGAAUGGACGCGCAAGGCGGGGUACCAGCCCAAAGAUCUAGCUGCGCGGGGAUUGAAGUACAUACACGUCGCGGGGACAAAGGGGAAGGGCAGCGUAUCUGUGAUGGUAGAAAAUAUACUGCUGCAAUACUGGAGAUCGAAAAGCAGACCUGAAGCUCUGGGAAGGAUUGGGUUAUACACCUCGCCACAUCUGAUUCACGUUCGAGAGAGGAUAAGGAUUGAUGGAUUACCAAUAUCUGAAGCACUGUUCACGCGGUAUUUCUACGAAUUGUGGGAUCGCUUUUCUCUCGCGGAAGAGGGUCCUGAUUCAGAGACUAAACCUGGGUAUUUCCGGUACCUGACUCUCCUGGCUUUUCAUACUUUCAUACAAGAGGGUGUAGGGACAGCCAUUAUAGAGUGUGGCAUUGGUGGGGAGUAUGAUAGUACUAAUAUCCUGCCGCAAGAAGCUGUUACCGCGUGCGCUGUUACGUCGUUGGGAAUUGAUCAUAAGGGGAUGCUUGGGGAGACGGUUGAGGAAAUUGCCUGGCAUAAAGGUGGGAUUAUGAAGGCUGGAGUGCCGGCCUUUUCGUCUGAGCAGAUUCCUGAAGCACAAGCUGUACUAGAAGAGCGAGCUAGUGAGAAAGGGGUGGAAUUUACUGUGGUCGAGAGAUCAUCCGCUCUUGAAGAUCUCAAGCUGGGCUUGGAAGGGGAUUUCCAGAAAGACAACGGGUGACAGAGGUCACUACCUCAACAGAACUUCCCGAACAGUUCAUCACCGGCCUAGAGACAGUACGCUGGCCAGCACGCUGCCAGUACCUCAUCGACGGCACGACAGAAUGGCUCAUUGACGGUGCUCACACGCUCGAAAGCAUCGCCUCGACUGCAGCCUGGUUCCUAGAGAAGCACACAUCCGCGUUCGUCUCACCUCGCCCACCAACCGCCACGAUGCUUAUCUUUAACCAACAGGACCGCGAUGCGCGCGCCUUGGUCACGAAACUUGUUACCACCAUACGGAAUAGCGUCGUACAUGAGAAAUCGAUCCGACCCCGGCAUUUGAAAGGGAGGAUUUUCACUUAUGCGGCAUUUUGUACGAAUCAGCCGUUCAAGGUGCCCGAGGAGAGCAAAGAGGUGGAGAAAGUGGAUGUGACAUUGCAGGAGCACUUAGCGAGAGUAUAUAUGUCAAUUGAUAGCAACCCGCUCAACAUGGUGUAUGUUAGUGCUGAAGAGGCAGUAGACCUGGCCUAUAAAGUGUCUGAAGGGGAUGAGAGGGUGCUGGUUCUUGUUACAGGGAGCUUGCACCUUGCUGGGGCGGUGUUGGAGGUUCUUGAGAAGAAGAGGGGGAUAAAGGUAGUGAACGGUGAGUGAUAUAGAUAAUGUCAGGGACCGUGGUGAAGCAGGAGAGCGGAUUUGUAUUGUUUUGAGAUACCCAAUAUUUGAUAUAUAUUUGCAAUUCUAUUUCUUGAUUAAGCGUCAAUGCGAAGCAGAAAGAGUCAUGUGGACUAUCCAUGCUCCACUUUGUCUGCCUUGUUUUGGAACCGAGCUGUUAUUUAUUCGGAUGAUACAUCGUUUCCUCAUCAUCUCUUUUAUCUAGUAUUGGUAGACCUGAGAAGUUUCUCACUGAUAUCCCCUAAGUCUUUUCUCUAGCGCUCGUCAGCUCAUAUUCCCUUCGACCAUAUACUAUUCACAUCACUGAUCAACUAUAACCAGUUCAUUGCAGUAUUGAUUGAAAGGUUAUAUCCUCGAUA